AUGCAAUCAAGUAAUAUUAGAAGUAAUAGCAAUAGAAGCUCAACAGAAAUCAAUAAAAAUAAAUAAAAAUUAAAGAAAUCGCCAUCAAGGUAACCAUCACUUCCCAGAAGUAUUCAUGUGGAGCCAAAGAAGAAGCCUCCCAAAUGUUCAUGCAAAUUUGAUUGCUACUUCUUUAAACCUUAAAAUAUCUUUAAAGUUUUGAAAGCAUCAUAUUGGUUGAUUCUAUCUUCUUCAUUAGUCCCUUUCGUUUUAGGAAUUAUAGGAUUAGGAUACGAUGGUUCAAAUUGGUAUGGCAGUGUUCCUUAAGUACAAAGAGUUGUCUUCCCUAUAUAUCUAUCAAUAUCAAUCAUAUAAGCAAUAAUUUGCUGCUGGCAGAUUUCAAAGAUAUAUAAUCUAGAAGUUAAGCAGAUAAAUCCUCUAAUAGUACUAUUCCUCUUCAGUUUGAGCUACAUAGUUUUAGCAGUAAUUGGCAAAACAAAAUUCAUGGAAAUUUAUGACAAUAGGCACAGUGCUUCAUCUUGUAACUAAUAUUAUGAUUAAUUAGUAAACCCUUCUAUAUUAAGCGAUUUAUAGCUUGCCAUUCAAAACUUUUGUGUUAAAUCACAAAAUUGCUUAUGUUUAAUAGAUAAACCAAGCUAAUUUGCAAACAGUACCUUAUCCUCUCUUUAUUAUACUACUGUAGGAUAUGGAGUCACAACUUCAUUAAAUUGUCCUAAUAUAAAUCAGUACAACUUAACUCCUAGCGGCCCAAAGAUUCUAUAAAAUUUAGAACUUAAGUUUUCGUGUUCAGGUAUCUGCACACCUUUGCCAGUUUUCUACUUUUCAGAUAUUAACCGUGGCCCUCCAAAAUAAGACAGCUGUUACGCUAUUUUAUUAGAUGAAUUAGAGAUAAUCUCUCAUAUAAUCUGGCUGCCUAUACUUAUAGUUGCAGGUGUAAUGAUUUUCUUAUAAUUAAUUAUUGCUUUAGCUGCUAGAUAAUAUAUCAGGGACCCGGAUUGUAUUGAUUGGAGAAUAGCGAGCUUUUAAAGACACAUGACUGCUCAAAUAAAUAUGCAGCAAUCUCUAGGUCACUCUCACUCUAUCUAAUAAGGCUUGAAUGGAAAUAUUUUAAACAACACUGCAUCUGUCGGUAAUAAUAGCACACUGUUUUAGUAAAGAAAUAUUGAUAAUCAUUCUAUUAACGGUGCUAAUUUUGGUAUUGAUGCAGUUGAAGAAAACUCAGAAUUUUAAAAUAACUCUUUAGUAAUCCGAAAUGAAAACGGAAUUCCAAACAAGAAAAUGACUUAAAGCAUUCUUAUUAACAACAAUAUGAAUGAGCAAAGACAAAGUCCUUCAAAUUUAAAUAACCAUAAUAACUUAACAAAAAAAGUGACUAUUUUUGCUCCUAAUUCUGACAAAAAUAAUGAGAACAGUUUAAAUGAACCCACUAAUGAAAUUGAAAUAUCAAAAACAACCUAAAACUAGAAAAGAAAAAUACAAUUAAUCGCUAUUCAAGAUUAAUAAAUGCACAUAAAUCAAGAGUAAUGA